GUAAUGGAAAUUUUAUUCAGCUUGUGUGUAUUCGUUCACAAUUAUUUGUAGAGAUGAAAAAGUGAAAAAAUAUGUAUGGCGGUUUAAUAUUCUGAUUUUUAUCGUAUUUGCUGAAGGGGUGCAGAAUAAUUGGGGAUUAAUUAGCAGAAGUGAUUUGAUGAAAUUCCUCGCGAAACGGAUAACCUCAAAUUUGAAUUUUGAAUUAUUGAAUCGUUUCAAUAAGUAAAGUACAGUGAAACUCUUCUCUCACUUGGCAUAUCGAACAAAAAGGCGCAGAUCCAGCGCUGUGUCUGUUUAGCCUCUAUCUAGAGAGUGCACAUAUACUAUACGCUCGUAUAGCGAGAGAGCAAUAUAAAUGAUAGAGUCAGGCAAAAAUAUCUAUAUGGGCUGGCUGUAUGUGGUGCUGACUGUAGCUAUAUAGCGAGCAUUCGUCGAGGCUAAAUGUAGAGUGCGCUGCUUGUAGUUGAAAUGCCCGAUGAACACAAACUCAACUCGGUAUGGCAGACAACAGCGGCUAUACGGCGGGUCGGAAAGCAAUGGAGAAUCAGUAAGACCUGUGCAUUACAUGCCAUAGGUUGAGUUGAGAGAGCGAUGAUACUUCUACGUAACUCGUACUAAAGCUGUGCAUGUUCACCGAUUUCAUAGAAAUUGAAGUUUUACGGAAAUAUUGGAGGAAGACAUUGUAGUAAAUCAACACUAGACUCUUCAAUAAUUGAUAUGAACAGAAGGAGAAAUUGUGACACCUAAUAUUGGAGGAAAAAAAUCAAUUUGAUUUUUCCCAACCACAUCAAUCCCAAAGUUUGAGCAUUUGGUCAGAAAUAUGGUUUCAAUCGAUGUUACUGAGAUGUGUGCCAGUUGUUUAGUGAGUGUUACUAACUGACAAGAAGUCCAGGUGAUGUUAUCCCGGUCGAAAUAAUAAUUAAGGAGCCAAACGCCAGAAGAAAGCAUCGGACACUUUGAUGGUUUUUGAAACAUUGCAACGAACUGAAAGGAACAUACAAACAUAAGUAGUUUAUAAUUGAAUUUUUGUGAGAUUAAAACACAAGUGAAGUGGGAGACAACAAGUGAGAAGGAAAAAAAGCAAAACAAACGAAAAAAUGACUGCAAAAGCAGAGACUAUAUCCCCAAAUGCAAUAGACAUCGUCCAAGAUUAAUGUGGACAGAUAUACAGAAAUCUGGUUUAUCAAUGAUGGGUCUCCAAGCGGCGGCCAGUAAGCGAAAGUAUGAAGCGGGCGAGGGCGGCGAAUCGGCUGAGCAGCAGGGCAGCUGUAGCCCGGCCAAAACGAGUCGCUGGUCCGGAGCGGGUGCCACCACGACUCCCGCCACGACGACAUCAUCUGUGAUCUCAGCAUCGGGCCUGGGCGAGGACAGUAUUGCUCGCCUGGAGGCGGUGACGGUGCCCGGUGAAUCGACAUGGGCCGGGGAGCCCAUUGUGGACAGCAUCUCGCGGCUGCAGGCCGUUGCGGUGCCGGGGGAGAGUGCGUGGGGCACGGACGGGGCGCGCUCGGCGCUAGCCACCACCCUCCUGGCCGCGGAUGAUCUCGAAGAUGACGACGACGACUUCGAGGAUGAUUUUGACGAGGAUGACACGGCCAUUCCCAGCUACCUGCCACUGCGAUACCCUUGCGCGCCGCCGCGCGGCUACGCCCCGCCGGCGGCCUACUCCCCCGCCGCCAAGAGCAGCUACUACACGGAAUCGUACCCGCCGCUGACGACGUGCUCGCGAGGCGUGUACGGGAGCCGAGGGUACAGCGCGGGCUGGGCUGGGGGCUACUACACGCCCCCAGAGGCGGCCGCGAGUCCGCAGCAGACGAUCCGCUGUGCGGAGAACGGGAAAUCGUACCUGGAGCUAGGGAGUGCGAGCUAUGGCUCGGCCGGGAUGAACGCUCGCGGUGGUGUGAAACGGUGCUGUGAUGGUAGGAAUAAUUGGUGCAAUAGUAAACAAUGCUACAAGGAGAGACGCUUAAAGAUGAUGAACCUCAGUAUGUUUAAGUUAUCACGCUUCCGUCAGGUGAGUGAGCAGAGCCUGUACCGUUCCGUGCUCAUAUGCAACACGCUCAAGUGCAUCGAGCGCGAGAUGGAAAUGGAGAGUAAGGAGCUGGGCAUGCACCAGCACCACGUGACUGGUCCCCAUCACCACCACAUGCACCACCCACAGCCACCGCCACCUCAAUCGCCGCAUCCGGCGGACUACCAUCCGCAAUACAGGGCGCCGGCGCUUCACCACGCGCCGCCUGAGAUUCACUACGGCAGCCCUGAGUCGCCGCCCGGCUUCCAGGCGCCCUACAAUGGACGCGCCGCCACUCCAGCUCCCCCCAACCUGCCAUUCAAUGACUCCCUACCGCCAUACGACCACCAUCCGCUGCGCGACGCCCACAGCGGGGGACGCGCCACGCCCUUCCCCGCCGCCGGGCUGCCCGACACGGACUCCGGCUACGGGGACGAGGACUGCACGAGGCCCAUCAACUGGGGCUCCGUACUCAGUCUGUCGUCGCAAUCCGCCCUGGACCCGCUGAACAACAAUGAUCUCUUCACCACCACCAGCACGAGCACGCCCGCGGCCAGCAGCAGCACCAGCAGUUGCUCCUUCGCCGCCGCCACGACGUUCUCCUUCGCCUCGGCCGCCUCCUGCACAGUCACGGCGACCACGAACUGGGACUACGGGCUGCUGGACAUGGAUCUGGGUCUGGGGCCCGAGCUCACUGAGCUCCUGCCCAGCUGGAAGCUCACGCCGCUCAGUGCGGACGACAUUCUCAAGUCCGUGCCGGAGCCGGGCCAGCAGGAGAUGGACGCAGCCUUCACACACAUCAUGGUCGGAAGUUAGUAGUGUGAGGGCAGGUCACCGUUCCAUCCCUCCAUUCUCGAUGAGUUUCCAUUUUUCUAGAUCGAUCUCGAAAGCGCACUCACCAUGUUGCAGUGCAGUAGGGCAAAAAUCACACUCACACUUUGCUUAAAAUGGGUGGGAAUUCAUUUCAUUUGUCAGUCUUCCAGUAAAUUCAUAGGGCAGUGGGCGGAGCUUGCACGAGGGCGGGACUUUGGAUCGAAAUUUGGCAAAAUGGGAUACAAAAAUGAACAAAACUUGUGCAGAAAUAGAUUUUAUGGGUAACUCUUCUUCAGGCUUGAAGCCAUGAACUCUUCUUUCUCACCACAUCUUUCUUGGGUGAUCUUUAAGAGUCUGCAAACAUCGCCCUGAACAUAAGAAGUUUUCUAGACAAGUCGGAAAUAUACACAUUUUGCCCUACUGCAAUUCCGCAUGGAGUGUGCAAUGUCAUUGAUUUUUCUCAUGCAGCAGAAAUUUGGCGCAAUGAUUCAUUUUUACGAUGAAUUAAUAUGUCAAGUAUCUUCCAUUUUUUGACUAGCAACACUUUCCAAAAUUCACUCAGUAUUUAUUUUUACAACUAAAAAAGGACAAACCUAAGUUAAUGAUAGUGUAUUUAAAUUAUUAUUAGUUCAUUUUAACUCAAAACGGACAAAACUGCUGCCACUCUGUGUUUCUCUACGUGAUAAAUCGCAUCUCGUUUUUUCUCUAUUCUGACCAUGAUUCUGAUCAAGACAUUUAAAUACGGUUUUUUAUUAGAGUUUUUGCUCAGGUUGUGAAGGCUGUGUCUACAUAAAAAAAACAUACAGAAGAAGAAAUUAUGAUGGAAAAGAUUGUGAGAAAAAAUCGCAACAUAUAGCUGAUGAGAAGCAAAAUAGCACACACAAGCGAAAAACAUAGAAAAUUUUGUGACUCGCCAUUUGAAAGCAAAGGAAAAAUACAAUUUCAAUUUAAGUAAAUGUAAAACUGUAUCCAUAAUUUUCCUAUUCAUAUUUGAAAGAAAAAAUUAUAUGAAAGUACUUAAAAAAAAAUGAUACGUAACACAGCGAAGCGAACAGUGAAUGAAAAUCAAAAGGAAAACCAACACGAAAUGAUAUUUUGUAGUGAAAACAGUGAGAUUAUUUUUUUUCUUUCUGUUGAAGAAAGAAGAAAGUUUGAUGAGAAAAUUGGUGUUGAAAAUUGAGAAAAAUCAGGAGAAGAAUAAGAACGGAAAGGAUGAAAUUCAAACCCCAAAAAUAAUAUAUUUAUUCUAAUGAUGUACACUUCCUUAGUAGAUUUAUAGACAAGAGAAAAAUACUUGAGAAGGAAUUAUAUAAAGAAGGGACAAAUGUGAACCAACAGUUGGACGCGAGCAACAAAACAAUCUUCCUUGCAGGAAUUGAUCAACAAUUGUUUUCCCUCCUUUUUAUCCUUAUUUCCAUUCAGCCAUCGUUCUUUAGCGAAGAGACAUUUUUUACUGUAUAACUUUUUAAGCAAUAGCUUCUUUUUGACAAGCAAUAUUUGUGGUAAUUUUAUUAUUCUAAGCAAUAAUGAGAGCAUAAAGUGAGGAUUUUUUCACGUUGAAAAGCACACAAACAGAGAGCUUUCUCUUGAUUUUUUUACUUUCUGGCUAUGAUUGCAAGUUUUCAGGACACUCAUAUUUUUCAUGCGCAAAGUGAAGCAAAUUGAAAAAAAAAAUUAAACAUGACAAAAUUAAUUUAUUGGGAAAAGAGAAGGGAAUCGAGAGAGAAAACGGAAUACACAUCAAGAAAAUUUUGUAAAUAGCUAAAGAUGAAAUGAGAAAAAGAAAAGGUGGAUAAAAAAAUUGAAAAAGUACGAAUUUGUAAAUAAAAAGAAGAAAUAUAAAAAUGUAAUAGUUGAAUUUUUUUAAUGUGUAUAUAAAAUUAUUUCUGCCAGAAUUGCUGAAAUUUACUUAUAUUUAAAAGAAAAAAAGAAACAAGAUGAAAGAAAAAUUAGAUGAAGUAAAUAGAAAAAGUAUUAACGAAGGAAAAGAAAUAUUUUCGUGUUUCUCACUAUUCAGAGAGUGAAUAAGAAAAAUUGGCGCGAAAAUAGCAUGACACGAUAAAAAAAUUGUGAAGAGAAGCAUUGAAAAAUUUCUUUUUCUCAAGAUUAAUAUGAGAAGAAAAUAUUAUAAAAAAAAACAUUUAAAAAAAAAGAUAACUCAAGUGAAAAUUUAAAAAAUAAACAAGUAAGAAAUGAACAAUCUAGUCCUACUUACCGAUAUAUUAUUAUAAAUAAAAAGUAUAAUUAAAAAUUAUGAUAAAUUAUAAGAGAAUCUAUAUAUAUGAAAGAAAUCCAAUAGCUGAUAAGUUAUAUUAUUAUUACUUAUUAAUUAUUAUCAUUGAAUAAAAAAGAUAAAGGAAAAUUAACAAAAAAAUGAGAGUACUUGCAAAAGUCAUGCAGAGUUACACCAAAAUUGCAAAAGAGAUUAUUUUUCGUCAAUUACAGGGAAGAAUUUCCACAAAUUUUUCCCUAAAAUAGAGAAUAAAAUCUAAAAUUUUCCCGUAAACGGUUCCAUAAAAUGACAAUGAAUAGAGAGACAAAGAAUCCCGACGGAACUAAAUAAAUAAAAAAAACAUUUAUUUAAAAAA